CUGGACGACCAAAAAAAAAGCGCACCGAAAAUUCCCGCGUUCUCUUCUUACCAGUUACCACGCCGAAUCACUGACCUCAAAUCCAGAGCUUGACGAAUCUCGUGCUAUGCGAAUGCUACUAGGUUCUAAUAUCCAUCUUCUUCCGACGAUUCUAGGGUUUCAAUUUUCUCCGAUAACCCCGUGAAGCUCUUACAAAGUCGAGAAGUGCGUGGUUAGGUUUUCCGGCGGCGAUGAAGACGACGCAACUGUUCAAAGGGGCAAAUGUUUUUAUGUCUCGGAAUCUGGUGCCUCCUGAAGUCUUCGACACACUUCUCGAUGCUUUCAAGCUUAACGGUGCCGAAAUCUUCCUCUGCUGCGACCCAUCUCGGAGUGGUCCCUCUGAUUUCCAUGUCAUCGCUUCUCCCGAUCAUGAGAAAUUUAAGGAUCUUAAAGCCAAGGGUUGUAACUUAAUAGGUCCGCAAUGUGCGCUCUUCUGUGCAAAAGAGGGUAGACCACUGCCACAAAGGGGAUUCACUUGUUGCCUAGCCAUGGAUGGUCUAAAAGUUCUUGCUUCUGGUUUUCUGGUAGAUGAGAAGGUCAAGAUCAAGGAGUUGGUUACUUCCAUGGGGGGCGUUUUACUUUCCAGAGCUUCUUCUGAUGUGAACUUCGUCAUUGUGAAAAAUGUCUUGGCUGCCAAGUACAAGUGGGCCCUGAAUAAGAAGCCAAUCGUUACUCUGAAUUGGUUACAUCGGUGUUGGAAUGAGCACCGUGUGGUUCCUCAGGAACCAUAUAAGAUUCCUCCUUUUUCUGGAUUGACAAUCUGUGUCACAAGAAUUCCAGCAGAUGAACGCAAGGGAAUGGAAAAGGUAAUUUCAGAAUAUGGAGGGAGCUACUCUGCUGAGCUAACAAAGAGUUGUACACAUUUGAUCGCUGAUGCUGCUGAAGGUGACAAAUACAAAGUUGCUCGAAAAUGGGGUCACAUUCAAAUUGUCACACGGAAAUGGUUUCAGCAGUCCAUCGAUAAAAAGGUUUGUCUCAAUGAAGAGUCAUAUCCUGUUCUCGGUUCCAUACCCUUGACAAGAGGAGUGCGAGAUUUGGGGGUUCAUAAUGGUCUAGAAAAGUUUCCUUCGGCUGCAACUGCGUCCGCGGCAGAUUCAUAUGUUUCUUGUGCUCAGUCUAGAGACUCAGAUAUAGAAGCUUCUGCUUCACAAAAUGUUUUUCCCACUUCUAUGAAUCCCAGUACCGAUGUUAAAGAACCAGGUGGAGGCCCAACGGCAAGGCCGCAAGAGCAAAACAUUGAUGGUUGUACUGCCAGGGAUUCAGAAUCCGAAGACAAUGACUUGUACUUAUCAGAUUGUAGAAUUUUCUUGCUUGGUUUUGAAGCUUCUGAAAUGCGUAAACUUGCUAAGUUGGUCCGCAGAGGUGGUGGAUCCCGGUAUAUGCUGCUUAACGAAAGAAUGACUCAUAUUGUUGUUGGAACUCCUUCAGAGAGUGAGAAAAGAGAAGCAAGGAGUGUUGCAGCUUCUGGUGUCAUUCAAGUAGUCAUACCCAGUUGGCUUGAAGAUUGUGAUCGUGAGAAAAAAGAAAUCCCCGUUCAUAAUAUAUAUACUGCUAACCACUUGAUUCUUCCAAGAGAUUCUGCAUGCUUGACCAAGGGGUCAUUUGCAAGGAUGUCAAGUAUGGAACAGACUAAAAAUACUCACGACCAGACCAUGGUAUAUGAUUCUUCUUCAAGGAGUAUCAAUGUCUCAAAUGGGCCAGCAACUUUACUGGGAAAAAACAAAGAAGCAAUGCAGGAAUUUGGCAGAAAAGAUGAGAUUCAUACAGGAAGAAAAAUAGUAUCACCCACGCAAAAAGAAACACUUAUUUCCCUUGUAACUUGUGAAAGCAAAGAACAACGGAGUAUUCAAUGUGAAUUCAGUGGUCAGAACGAUCAAGAAAGAAAGUCAUCUGUAUUUAAGGGGGAAACAUUUUGUUUCUCGCAUUCUUUUCCUGAAGAUAGGCGACCGCAAAUCGUGGAAUGGGUGAAUCAAGGAGGGGGAGAGGUGGUAAAUGAUCCUUUGAUAAAUAACGCACAUUUUACUAUUGAAUGCCAUGGUGGGUUCCAAAGUACCGAGACUACCCAAACUAUCUAUGUCUCAAGUCAUUGGGUUCGAAAUUGUUUAAAGGUUGGUUGUUUACUUGCUGUUAGUAGUCAUAUCCUCUACUCACCUCUUCCCUGCCAGACACCUUUGCCUGGAUUCGAAAGCCUUUGCAUAUGUAGUUCCCAACAUAAUGAGAAGAAUGUAGAACUCCUGAGAAAUUUGAGUGUCGUUCUUGGAGCAGAUUUUGUGGAAAGACUAACCAGGAAAGUGACUCACUUGAUAUGCAACUUUGCAAAAGGAGAUAAGUAUGUGAGAGCUUCCAAGUGGGGAAUAAUUUCCGUGACACCUGACUGGCUUUAUGAAUGUGUUAGACAGAAUCAAGUUGUUUGUACAGAUAACUUCCAUCCAAGGGAAUUGACCACUCAAGAUCGAGAAGCAGGGUCUCAGUUUCAUACACAGUUUGUACCAAUGGCCUCAAGGGACAGUAUGUCUCUACCUGUAAGUCACUCUGAAGACAGGGAAAAAAUUCAAAGUUUUGCUGGCAAAAGUGGUUGCGGGAAAGGUGAAGUAUAUAACAGACUUGGAGAAAUUGGAAAGGAACAAACUUUUCCGUCUAAGAAGGCAAAACUUUUGAGAGAUGGUCAAGAAAGUGAUGUGUUUCCUGUGAGAGAACUUCCAAGCAAUUGUGAUCGUCCUUCGCAUUCUGGAGAUGGCAUUGUGACUGGAUAUGAUGUAGCAAGUGGUCGUGAAGUUCCAGAUGUGGCUGAUACUAUUGAGGAUCUGUUAGAGCAGACAAGCAAAAUUCAAGAUCAGAAGUCUCCUGGGAGGAUUUUAGAAAAGACUGUAUCCUUAAAGUUUGUGUGCUCAUUCAUUUUUUUUUUCGUGGGUAAUCAAUAUUUGGCAUUGUUUGACUCCUUGAUGACAAAACAGCAUUUUUCAACUAGUGAACAAUACAACACUGGGAAUCACUCUGUCACUGGCCUGUCUAGACACUGGAUAAACAGGGUCCAUAAGAAUGACGACAUGGGCAGUCCUCCAGGAGAUGCAACUACUGACACUUACGGAAACUUUAGUGAGACGCAGACAGAAUCACAGGUUGUUGGUUACGAGGAAGAUCUUUCAGGAAGGCAGAUGCUUAUAGACAGAGUUAGAACACGAAGCAGCUUAACAUAAAGAGACAGAGUGAGGUGCUCGUUGAGACAGAAACAUCAACCAUGUGUGUCCUGAUGAGAAGUCCGAUGAAAUGUUGGAAAAGCAUUCAUUAAAGAAACAUCAAGGUCAUUGAUCAUAUUUAUAUGUAGAUCACAGUUUUUUUUCUUUUUAUAAAGUAAUUUUGUUAAGUUUAUGAGAAUGAUGCAGACAUUCCUAUACUUCCGGUUACCGUUUUUGCUGCUAGGUUACAGAUUUAUAUGAUGUUUUUUCCCUCUAAUUUUAGUCAUCC